GUAGACUUUAGGUCGAAUUGACGUCGCCAGCUCCUCCUCCAAUCGAUCAAAAACGGGGAGCGGUAGGACACAGAUGAGAUGGUGCGUGUCGUCUUUCGCUUUAUAUACAUGAGGAAAUGCAAAAAAAAAAACAAAAGCUUUAGCGUUUUAUUUUUUUACAUUCGUUCGAUUUACUAAACAAUCUAAGCCGUGGAUUACCUGCUAAAACAAUACUUCUGCUUCAUCUCUUACUCUUUCUUAUUUCUCUCUUUGGCAAGAAUUACCCUCGUUGAGGUUUUUAGGCUUUUGGGUUUUAGGCUGUGGUCUCCAUCUCGUUCUUCCUUGCCUCAAAUCAUUUGAAGCAGAUCCGGCUCCCUUUCUCAGUAUCCAGGUUUUUUUUUUUUUUGUCUUGUCUUGUAACCUUCAGUAUCCCUUUUCGUAUCCAUAUAAUAGAACAGUUUCCUAAUAUUAGAUAGUCUGUGGCUUCCCCAUUUGUCUUUUUCUUGUUGUCUGUGAAAUGCACUGAUGUUUUCUGAGCCCAGACUUCUGGAGCCCUGGCCGCUGCCUUUCGUAAGCCAGAAAUCUCUUAAUCUUAAUCUUAAUUAUUAGUUUGAAGCGCGUGCGAUCAUGUUGAAGAAAACCAUUUAUCAACAUACUUCUAGAAAGUAGGAAAGUACUGACUACUAUGUUGAGAUGACUAAUGUGAGCUGUGGUGUCAUCUUCAUUCUUAUUUAUUGUCGAAUCUUAAAUACUAUCGUAUACAACUGAUGUGGACGCAGCAGAUCCCAACUCAUUUAAGGUUUUGCCAUGCAUGUUGAGAAGCCAUGAGCUCUGGUUCUGCGUCAAGGUUUUGAUGACAGAUCAGAAAGGACCUAAACACGUUGCUAGUAAGAGGCUCGGGAGCGUAACGCUGUGUUUCUCUGACGAGUACGGCACCUCUGACGUUGAUAGAUACGAGAGGGAGAAGGAUUGUAGCAGAAUGGACUCGUCGGUACGUGCGCGAUGUAGCAGUACGCAGAAUACAGGACGGGGAACAACGACAUUGCGCGCGCCUGCAGUCUGCACAGCAGACAACCCAGUGUGGCAUGAAGCAGUUGCGCGCAGGCUGUGGGGAGAUAUAUCACGGUUAUGGAAGUGCACGCGCACCUACCGAGCUGCUGUGGACUCUUUCUUAUGAAACUAGCAAGAGUUCAUUUUCUUUAUGGUGUCUCAGGACGGCGAGCAAGGCCCAGCUGGCUUCUUGGAAACUAAAGAUUCAAAUAUGGUCAGCCUAGAAAAGAUAACACGUGACAGAGGAUAAUGAGAGCUUACUGGCGCUAAAGCUUAAGUCACAAAUGUCUUCCGAACUCCUUCAGAUACGAGUCUGUGUGGCGGCAGAACCCGACGGCCAUCUAACAACCGUUUCUAGGAAAAAGUUAGAGAGCGCGACGGCGCCCAAAAGGGAGGCAGAGAUGCCGAAAACAGGAAUCCCGAAAACUGCACGACGAGAAAUCAUAGAAGCAGAAGAGCAGGCACUGUUCGAAGAAAUUAAAAGUUUCGCGUUUUUGCUCACGCGCCUAGGGCAUUUCAAAGACAGACUCGGACCAGCACUCAGACGCAUUCACCAGCACGAAAGCAUGGCUCAAAACGAGAAAAUGGGGUCCAGAACGUCCUGACAUAGAAAUAUUCUCGUUGUCCUCGGAAAUCCGUACUAGACACAAAGUACUGACCUUUUUGUUCUGCAGACCAGAAUAUUCGUUCCCCAUUUGCACCAUUCGCGCUCUAGAUAGAUGGGAUUGUAGUCAUAAUGUAAACCGGC